AUGAAUAUUUAUGUAAUAUUCAUAUACACAUUUAUAUUAGUUAUUCUUAAAUCUUCAAAUUGUUCUGAUCGAUAUUCUGGAUAUUCAGAAUCUUCUGAUACAGAAGAUGAUGAUAACUUUGACGUAACACAAUCCGGACAAACUACUCAACCUCAGUAUCCAGGAUAUCAAACACCGAUUACACAAUUACCACCUGUAACUUAUCCUGGAAUUCAAUAUCCAGGAUAUUCACCUCCUGAACUACCAAUACAACCACACAUCACUCAUGCUCCACCUCAACCACAACAAAUAACUAUUACACAAACUCCUAUACCUUAUGAAUAUUAUCAAGGAUACCAACAACAACCUACACCUCAGUAUCCAGGAUAUCAUGCGGUACCUAGUCAUCCACAACAACCACCAUAUUAUCCUGGACCAGAACCAUAUCAACCACCAAUACCACAACAACCACAGCCAAUAUCUCAACCACCUCAACCUGAAGAACUUCUUGAUUUAUCAAAAAAACCAAUACUUCCACUACGACCUGCUCAACAACCACAACCUGAAGAACCUCUUGAUUUAUCAAAAAAAACAACGCAACCAACUUAUCUACCAUUUCAACCAGUACAACCAAUACAACCUCGACCUCAACAACCUGAAGAAGUUCUUGAUUUAUCAAAAAAACCAACACAACCAGUACAACCGAUUACACAAGAAAAAGAACAGAAAGAACCUCUUGAUUUAUCAAAAAAAGACAGAAAGACAACUCAACCUCAAACUAGUAAGACUGCUGAAACUGGACAACCUACUCAUCGUAUUUAUCAACCUACACCAAUUUAUCCUACACCUCAACAACCUUAUCAGAUUGGACAAUCAGGAGCAUUUAGACCAUAUCAACCACAGCCACAAUAUCAACAACCUACUCCACUUCAGCCGCCUCAACAACCGUAUUAUGGUCCUUAUCAACCUCAAGGACAAUUUGGGCAGCCACAAUAUCAACAACCUACUCCACCACAAGAACCUCAACAACCGUAUUAUGGUCCUUAUCAACCAGGUGAAGGUGAUUAUUCAGUAUUAAUUUCAAAAUCUUCAAAUCUUGGACCUGGUAUAUUAGGUCCAGCUCCAGGACCAUUAAGAGAACCUUCAGAAAUAAUUAAAGAAUAUGAUCAAUUAGCAGAUAAAUUAACUACUGCUGCAAAAGAUGAAGAAUAUAAAAAACAAAAAGAACUUGACUUUAUAAAAUUCUAUAAAAAAAGUAAAAAAGGAGACUUGGUUCCAAUGACUGAAAAAGAUUAUAAGGUUUUAAUUCAAAGUCAAUUUAGUAUAAAGUUCUUGUUUGAUACGGAGCUUGAACAAAUAAUAUAUAAUGAAGAAAUUAUUUAUAAUCAUAAGCGUGGAUAUUCUUAUUGCAAAUUACUAACUUAUUACAAAAAAAAUGAGAGAUUUACAAUGUAUUUUGAUGAUGGAUUUAUUUAUUUAAGAAAGAAAGCAGGUCAGUGGAGACCAAGUGCACGAAAACCACCAGAUUAUGUUGAAUUUUAUUCCAAAGAUUCUGAAGGAAAUGAACAGUUGCUAACUAGUGAGCAUUAUUUUCUUGACUUUACAGAUAGAGGUUCUUUUAAAUAUACAUUUAAGAUAGGUGUAAAGUGUACUAAAAUCAUAGUUAAAAAACAAUUAGUUUGGAAAAAAACGGAUGAUGUAUCUUUUCCAAAUGCACUAUCUGUUACAUCCAAAUCGAAUCUAGUUCUUCAAUAUGAUAAUUAUAUUGUAAUAUAUGCUUUUAUGAAAGGACAAUUUAAGAGAUUCAAGAGUGAAUCAAGUAAACCAGGUUUUAAUGAAUAUUAA